GGUAGUGAUGGGGAAGAUCGCGUUAGGCAAUGGUCAAGAGGCAGUCCAGCCUGACUGCAUCAAGGCACUGGUCGCCGAAUUCAUCUGCACUUUUCUCUUUGUCUUUGCCGGCGUCGGUGCCGCCAUGACCACCGGUAAGAUGCUUGGAGAUUCCCUGGUUGGUCUGUUCGUCGUUGCGAUGGCGCAUGCAAUGGUCGUGGCUGUUAUGAUCUCCGCCGGAUUCAACACCUCCGGUGGCCACCUCAAUCCCGCUGUCACUUUGGGACUUGCCGUCGGGGGUCACAUCACCAUCUUUAGAUCUAUCCUCUAUUGCAUGGAUCAAUUACUAGCUUCUUGCCUUGCUUGUAUUCUCCUUAAAUACCUUACCGGAGGACAGGAGGUACCAGCUCACACACUUGCCAGUGGGGUGGGGGUCUUACAAGGAGUGAUAAUGGAAAUAGUUCUCACCUUCUCUUUGCUUUUCGCAGUCUAUGCGACCAUUGUUGAUCCCAAAAAGGGGUCUGUGGAUGGGUUUGGUCCACUGCUAAUUGGGUUGUUGGUGGGUGCUAACGUAUUGGCUGGUGGGCCUUACUCUGGGGCAUCUAUGAACCCGGCCAGAUCCUUUGGACCGGCCUUAGUCAGUGGUGUUUGGACCGAUCAUUGGGUUUACUGGGUUGGACCGCUUAUUGGUGGUGGACUUGCCGGUCUUGUGUACGAGAACUUCUUCAUCGUCAGAUCUCAUGCUCCUCUACUUGGAGAAGAAGAAACUUUCUAGACCCUCCAUGAGCCCAAUAUAACGUCUCUCUCUCUCUCUCUCUCACAACUAUCUAUGCUUGUAUGUUGUAGCUCAUGCUCUUCUACUUCUCUUGUUGUACUUUGUGAGUGCUGUGCUCAUCUGUUGCAAGGUUAGCUCCUAGCCUCUUACCUUCCACAAGCCCCAUAACUAUUAUAAUCUACGCUGGGUUGUUGUA